AUGAUUUUUGGGGUAUCCAAUAAUUUUCAAGGGAUGAUAUAUUCAGUAUUCAAUUUAGGAUAUGGAGGUGGACAUGAUUUUGGAGGAGGUGGAUCUUAUGGGGGUGGAUAUUAUGGAGGAUAUGGUAUAGGAGGGGGUGGUGGAGGAGACUAUGGUGGUCAUGAGCACCACAAAACCAUCACUGUAGUCAAAAAAGUACCCGUACCAUACCCAGUUACUAAAGAAGUACCUUAUCCAGUGGAGAAGAAUGUCCCAGUACCCGUAAAGGUGCCUUAUCCCCAGCCGUACCCAGUAGAGAAAAAGGUACCCGUGCACGUUAAAGUACCAGUGAAAGUACCAGUACCCGUCCACAAGCCUGUACCAGUGGAGAAAACCGUACCCUACCCCGUCAAAGUACCAGUAGACAAACCAUAUGCAGUGAAAGUUUUAGUACCACAGCCUUACCCUGUCGAGAAAACAGUGCACGUCCCCUACAAAGUUCUAGUACCACAACCUUACCCCGUGGAAAAAGAGAUCCCAUAUCCUGUCAAAGUACCAGUACAUAUACCCAAGCCAUACCCAGUCGAAAAGAUCGUUCCAUACCCCGUAAAAGUUCACGUUGACAGGCCCUAUCCAGUGCAUGUGCCAAAACCUUACCCCGUUCAUGUGGAAAAGAAAAUCCCUUACCCCGUGUUCAAACCAGUACCAGUACCGGUGAAGGUACCCGUAGAUAGGCCUGUGCCUUACCCAGUUGAGAAGCCACAACCUUACCCUGUGAAAGUACCGGUACCAGCGCCAUACCCAGUGGAGAAGAAGAUCCCAGUACCAGUAGAGAAACCAGUGCCGUACCCUGUGAAAAUCCCCAUCUUCAACCCAGUACCCUACCCAGUGGUGAAGAAAGUACCACACAUUGUAGAGAAACCUGUACCAGUACCCGUGAAGGUUCCUGUACCAGUACCAGUGAAAGAAGAACAUCACGAUGGUGGAGAAUAUGGAGGUGGUUCAGAAGGUGGUUAUGGAGGUGGUUCAGACGGUGGUUAUGGAGGACACGACUUCGGUGGUGGUGACUAUGGAGGUGGAGAUUUCGGAGGUGGACAUGGAAUAUCUGGGGGUGGUGGUGAUCUCGGGGGUCAUGAAUAUCACUGAAGUUAACUAAUGAAUUGUUUUCUUUGUCAGUAUUACCUUUU